GACGUUGUGUCUGCGCGAGCGAGUGGAUGGAUAAAAAUUGCAGCUUCAGGAAAAUGGCUACAAACAUCGUACCGAUAAAAGGUGUUUGAAGAAACAAAUCUCCCAUCUGACCCAUUGUCACCAGUGCUGACUACAAACUCGACUUACAUGGCACCCUCAAAUUGACAUCAUGGCCCAGAUAUCCAGUGGUAAUGGGUUCAAGCUGGACGUGGCCCAGCCCAUGGGGGUUGUGGGUAAGGAGGAGGCCCUUCGCAUGGAGGUGGAGGCCUUAGCGAAACUACAAAAAGAGAAGAGACACACGCUCCCGGCGACCACCUCCGCUCCAAGGCCCACUCCUUCCUCCAGCAGCCGACCAGAGAAGGACCUCAUAGUCUUCCCCGAUGCCAAGAAGCAGGCGGAGAAAGACAACUUCCAGGACAUCGACGUGGACAAGCUGACCAAUGAGGAGCUGGAGAAGCUCCUGCUGGACGACAACUUCGGGGCCAACAGCGGCAAGGCCUUGCGACCCUCCUCGCUGCUGGGAUUCAACCUCAGUGCCUCCUACCCGGGGGGCCAAGCCACCUGCAGCCCCUCUCCCUUCCCCAACGGCCAGUGGAUGCCUUCCAUCCUCUCCACCCCCUCCGGCGUGUCCACGCCAACCCACCAUCAGGCUCCCAUGUUCCCCUCUGCGCCGUUCCCCAAGCCCCAGACCUGCUCCUUCCAGAAUGGCUUUUCUCCAGCCAUGCCGCCCUACAUGGGCUUGCCUAGCCCGCAGACCUCCUUCAUGGCCUUCACUCCUAUCCAGCAGCCCGGAGCCAUGGUGUUCCAGCAGCCCACCGUCACCCCAGAGAUGGCCAAGCUCUUCCACAAGAUCCACAGCACCUCGGAAUACUUGAAGAACGGCAGGUCAGCCAGUACUGACCUGGAUGCUGCCCUGACCAGUGCAGUGUCGCUGGCGCCCAACCCACCGCCACCUGCCGUGGAACCACUUGCUGUCAGCCGUUUCGAGUGGCUGGACCUGGACCCGCUCAACGGGUGCAAAGCUGAGGGUGAGGAGGGCACCUCACCGGCACCGAGCGGCACCGUGACUGUAGUGGGAGGGCAAGCCGGCGGGGACCCCUGGGACGCCGUGCUGCUAGAUGAGACGGAGGGAGGGGCUGGCGGCAGCAGUCCACCAACUGAGGUGAAGGGUCAUCUCGCAGGUUGCUCUCAGCCUCGGCAGUUGUCGCUGGGGGCGGGGGUCACCAGGAGCCACUCCCUCACCAUCCCGGAAUCCUCUUCCCAGCACAAGCUAAACAAUCAGCACAAUAAGAGACCUGGGAGAGUACUGUACACCGCCCUGGAGGAGAAGGAAGCCCAGAACCUAGAAGUUGUAGCCUUCUGUGAAGAUGUAGCAACCCUGCGGUCAAAGUUCCCCCAUGAUGACCUCCACACCAACCCGGGGUACGUGCUGAGUGCAGUUAUCCCUCAGAGGGAUGUGGGCGGGGACAAUGGCUGCAGUGUCAAGGUGUCCAUCGAGAUCUCCGAGUCCCAGGAGCCUGUCACCUUCACCUGCGAUGUGAGUUCUCCUGUGGAACUCCUCAUCAUGCAGGCCCUAUGUUGGGUUCAUGACGACCUCAACCAGGUGGACAUCGGCAGCUACGUCCUCAAGGUCUGCGGCCAGGAGGAGGUGCUGCAAAAUAAACACAGCCUGGGCAGCCACGAGUAUGUACAGAACUGCAGGAAGUGGGAGGCAGAGAUCAAGCUCCAGCUGCUCUCCCAGAGCACCAUGAGAAGGGAUCUGGCACGAUCGGCGGAAGAUGACUCCUCUCCGGUGGACUUGGAGAGGCACCUGAGCCAAGUGGAGAGGCUGUUUAAGGAAAAGGUCACCAGACAAGGCCUGGCUGACUAUCUGGAAGGCUAUCACAGUCAAGUCAACGUCUGCCUGCAGAAUGAGAGUACCCAGUAUAAGACUGUGGAUGGGGUGGUUCAGAUGGUGAAGAACCUGUGCUGUGCCCUGGAUGAGGUAGAGACCCAGGCCAUCACGGAGGCAGUCAAGAAAGUCAAGCGCUCAGUCAACCUCCCCAGGACUCGCUCGCCAGAGGUGGGCUCCAAAUCCUUAGGUGGCUCGACAAAUGGUCACCUCAGCCCCGUAGAGGAGAGCAUGUGCUUUCUGACGGAUGCCGUCUAUGACCUGGCCAAGCUCUACCUGCGCUCCUUCUGCGCCGCCUCCUCUAGCUCCUCCCCUGACCCCUCCUCAUCCAUCUCCCAGCAUGCCGAGGGGGAGUCUCCUGUGGAGGGGUGUAGCUGUAAGGAGGCCUUGGGCACCACUGACCACCUGCAGUUCACCCUGUUUGCCAUGCAUGGCAUCUCUGCCGCUUGGGUCAGCAGCUAUGAGAGGUACUACCUGAUGUGUGCUCUGACACACAAUGGCCGGAACCUGUUCAAGCCCAUCCAGUCCAAGAAAGUCGGCACCUACAAGAGCUUCUUCUACCACAUCAAAUGGGACGAACUGAUCAACUUCCCAAUGGCGGUGGCCCUGCUUCCAUUGGAGUCCAUGCUGACUCUCUCUCUCUUCGGGGUUCUGAACCAGAACGCCAGCGGUUCCCCAGACUCCAACAAACAACGCAAAGGACCAGAGCUGCUGGGCAAAGUCUCCCUGCCCCUAUUUGACUUUCGACGGGUGCUGAUGAGUGGGACCAAGCUGCUGUGUCUGUGGACGUCUCCUCAGGCUUCCUCUGCUGCAGCCGGGAGGAAGAACCUGGCUGAGAGGAUCAUACUGCAGGUGGACUUCCCCAGCCCAGCGGUGGAUGUGCUGUACGUGGGACCCCAGGUGAGACCCAGCCCUGAUCCAAACACCCUGGAGGAGCUAGACCCUGACCUGCGCCGCCAGGUGGACAAACUCUGCAGCCGAGCCUCCACCUUCGGGUUGACGCGGGCCGACCGCCAGCUGCUGUGGGAUCAGCGGCACCACUGCCGGGCACACACCCAUAGCCUGCCCAAGGUGCUGGCCAGCGCCCCCAGCUGGGACUGGGGCAGCAUGGCUGAGAUCCACUCCCUCCUCCAUCACUGGCCCUCGCUCCAACCAGUCUGUGCUCUGGAGCUGCUUGACGCUAAGUUUGCUGACACAGAGGUGAGGAGUGUGGCUGUCAGCUGGAUCGAAUCCACCAGUGAUGACGAGUUGGCCGACUACCUGCCUCAGCUAGUGCAGGCCCUGAAGUUUGAGUGUCACCUAAAGAAUGCCUUGGUCAUGUUCCUACUGUCCAGAGCACAGGGCAACGUCAGUAUCGCCCACUACCUGUACUGGCUACUGAGAGAUGCAGUGUUAGACCCAGCGUUUGGCCGGAGGUACGACCAAGUGCUGGGGUCCCUGCUGUGUCUGUGUGGGGCCGGCCUCCGGGAUGAGCUGGACAAACAGACCCGCCUGGUCACUCUGCUGGGGGAGCUGGCCGAGAAGGUCCGGCAGGCCGGGGGCUCCACACGACAGGUGGUGCUCCAGGAGGGUCUGGAGAGGGUGCAGUCAUUCUUCCAGAGGAACAGCUGCAGGCUGCCCCUCAGCCCCAGCCUGGAGGCCAAACAACUCAACAUCAAGUCGUGCUCCUUUUUCAACUCCAACGCGGUGCCCUUGAAGCUGGCCCUGGUGAACUCCGACCCUCUGGGAGAGGAGAUCAACGUCAUGUUCAAGGUGGGAGAGGACCUGAGGCAGGACAUGCUGGCUCUGCAGAUGAUCCGGGUCAUGGACCGCAUCUGGCUUCAGGAGGGACUGGACCUGCGCAUCGUCAACUUCAAAUGCAUCUCCACCGGGAAAGACAACGGAAUGGUGGAGCUGGUGCCGUCCUCCGACACCCUGAGGAAAAUACAGGCGGAGUACGGAGUGACGGGCUCCUUUAAGGACAAGCCCCUGGCGGAGUGGCUCCGCAAGUACAACCCUGCUGAGGACGAGUACGACAAGGCUUCGGAGAACUUCAUCUACUCGUGUGCGGGCUGCUGCGUGGCCACCUACGUGCUGGGUAUCUGCGACCGCCACAACGACAACAUCAUGCUGCGCUCCACCGGUCACAUGUUCCACAUCGACUUUGGCAAGUUUCUGGGCCACGCCCAGAUGUUCGGCAGCUUCAAAAGGGACCGUGCUCCAUUCGUGCUGACCUCUGACAUGGCCUACGUGAUCAACGGGGGAGAGAGGCCCACCAGUCGCUUCCAGCUGUUUGUGGACCUGUGCUCCCAGGCCUACAACCUCAUCCGCAAACACUCAGGCCUCAUCCUCAACCUGCUCUCCCUGAUGACGUUGUCAGGCCUACCAGAGCUGACGGGAAAUCAGGACCUGAAGUAUGUAUACGACGCUCUGCAGCCCCAGACCACCGACGCAGAGGCCACCAUCUUCUUCACCAGGUUGAUCGAAUCCAGCCUGGGCAGCGUGGCCACCAAGUUCAACUUCUUCAUCCACAACCUGGCCCAGCUGCGCUUCUCAGGCCUGCCAUCCAACGAUGAGCCCAUCCUCUCCUUCUCCCCCAAGACCUACGCGCUGAAGCAGGAGGGGCGCAUCCGCGAUGCCUCCAUCUUCUCCUUCCAGAAGAGAUACAACCCCGACAAGCACUACACGUACGUGGUGAGGCUCCUGCGAGAGGGGCAGAGCGAAGCCCAGUUUCUCUUCCGCACCUUCGAUGAGUUCCAGGAGCUCCACAACAAGCUGUGCAUCCUCUUCCCUCUGUGGAAGCUGCCAGGGUUCCCUAAUAGGAUGGUGCUGGGCCGUACCCACAUCAAGGACGUGGCAGCCAAGAGGAAGAUUGAGCUCAACGGUUAUGUUCAAAACCUGUUGAGGAGUUCCACAGAGGUCACACAGUGUGAUCUUAUCUAUACAUUCUUCCAUCCGAUCGCGAGAGACGACAAGACGGAAGGAUUGGAGGCGACGGCCAGAGCACCAGAUACGCCACCGUUGAGUCCCACCUCCGGCAGAGUGGAGGGGGAGGUGAAGCUGUCCGUGUCCUACAGGAACAGCACACUCUUUAUCAUGGUCAUGCACAUCCGGGACCUGGUAUCUGAGGAGGGGACAGACCCUAACCCCUAUGUGAAAACCUACCUGCUCCCAGACCCCCACAAAACCUCCAAGCGCAAAACAAAGAUAUCCAGGAAGACCAGGAACCCCACUUUCAACGAAAUGCUGGUGUACAGUGGCUACAGCAAGGAGACCCUGGGGCUGCGGGAGCUACAAUUGAGCGUGCUCAGUGCCGAGUCGCUGAGAGAGAACUGCUACCUAGGCGGCGUCACGCUCACACUCAAAGACUUCGACCUCAGCAAGGAGACGAUCAAGUGGUACAAGCUGACCGCCGUGCCCUACUUCUAGAUGACUCCCCCUGAGAAAAACGCUGCUUAUCAAGAAAACUCUUAAGAUACACCUAUUUAAGGGCAGCAGGAACACCCCAGGGUGGUGCUUCAAAUCCUUCCCCUUCCUCCUCAAGCUCAAGGCCCUGUCCAGAAACCACCCCUUACACCUUAAGGCCCUGUCCAGAAACCACCCCUAACCCCUUACCCCUUUUGGCACUUCAUGUAGAUCUCAAAGAAUUAUAAGCAAUAUGGUUGUAGCGCCGACCUUUCAGCUCUACACAAGUGCCUAGAUAGAUGGGGGCUAGGGGUUUAUUCUGGGUGGGGCCAUUCUCUCUCCCUCACUAAUCAAGGUUUUUUCUCAUUGUAGAAAACAAUCUCCACUUAUUUAGUUUGUCCUAAACUGUUAACACGAGAGCUGUAAUGUUUUGUACAUUUUGACAUUCGAGGACCAAAACAUCUUACCUUCAGAAGAGUAUAUAUAGAUUGACACUUUUUUUUUUUAUAGUGGCUCAUUUUUACAUUUUUUUUCUUCUAUGUAAACAAAUAGGAAGCGUCUGGUUUCCUGCUAAGCUAGCUGAGAACGUCUGGUAAUGUGCCCAUCACAAACCAGACUCCAGGAAAGAGUGUUCUUGUGUUUCCCAAUCACAUGCCAAUAGAACUGAUGAUGAUGAUGAUGGCAAACCACUCUCCCAAAGGGGAACCGAUCAUGGUGCCUUGUUUGUGUUCACAAUCUCUUAUACACUCCACUUUAGCCUUAUUGCAAUGUGUUUUAUAAAAAAUAAAUGUGAUAUCCCAAUUGAAAAAAUUAAUCUAUUCUGUCAAAUAAUGUCAACAGUUCUCAGUGUGAGAAGGGUUCUGGACAAGCAUCAGAAGGUGUUGGAACGGUCGGCUCCCACUUGUAUGCACACUACCAUAUAUUUAUUAUGGUAAAUACUUGACUUUUCACUGCACACUUUUGGGGAAGACAAGUGUCCUCAACGCUGAUCCAAUGCCAGUUUUUAUUUCACCUCCUAUUGGUUUUAAGGGUAGAAUUUAGAGUGGGGUAAGCUGAUCGUAGAUUUGUGCUCAAGAGGUAACUCUGACCUGGAGCUAUCUGGACAAAAAAAGGGAAGACAUCCAGGUCAGGAGAUACACUGCUUCCUCUGAGCUGCCUACAAACCUAAAGAUGAAAUGAUGAAUUAAUCCAGGAGGGGUUUUCAAGAGAAUGUCAACAAAGACAAUUCUGAUAAGCAUCACUCACGCUAUGAAUAGAGACUUGAUCUUCUAUUUUAAUGACUAUAUGAGUUUCUAUUAACAUGGCCAGUUAUUUAUUCUUAAUUGGUUACCUUAACCCGAAUGAAUCGGUGUGUACUGUAAUCCCUCUUUCCUAAAGCAAAUUAAAUGUUUUUUGAACAAAGAU